AUGGAUGACAAUGAUAAGAGCAACAAUGGAGCUGGUCAUGAGGGUCAAGCUCAACCCAAGGCUGUAAGACGUCGGCUCAACUGCCAAGCAGUGGGUGAACAAGCUGGAGACACCAACAUGGAAUGCAGGCGCAACAUUUCUCUCUCUGCUUGUCGCUACACCGUUGAUGGGUGUAGUGAGUUUCUCAAAGGUUCAGCUGGCGAAAAUCCCAUGCUUUGCGCCGCAUGUGGCUGCCACCGGAGCUUCCAUCGCAAAGUGGUUCCGACCCAUUUCCGGAACUACUCCAACUACCUCUUAUUCAACGGCAUCCCUUUCGUUCGUCCAGUGCAACAGCCUCUACAGCCGCCUCUACCUCUCAUGCCACAACCAGAAAUACCCCAUGAACUGGUUGCUGAAAGUGCAAGUGAAGAAGAAGGGUUAGAGACUGAUGAAGCAAGUGAAAAACGAUCAGAAUUAGACAGUGAAACCAUCAUGGAAAAAGAAAGAAACACUGAUCAGACCAACAUUAAUGCAGUUCUUGAGGUUCAAGCAAGUUCUGUCCGAGGGAUCAACCGUGAAGGAGGCCAAGACGAAACCAAGGAAGCCUUGCUUUGUGCAAAGUCGGCUUUCACCGGAAAGUGUACUGCCUCCACCCCAUCUACGAGACACCAGAUACUGCAUUAUGAAAUCGAUCAUCAGCAGCAUGGCUGA